AUGAUAGCACAUGCUCACAAAGACGACUCCAAUGAUGCUGAUCAAGAUUAUCGGAACAUAAUACAAGGAAGAAAAAUUCAAGAAGAAAAGGCAAUCGAACUGCUCGAACUUGCUGACGUACAUCGGGGACCUUGUGGCUUGGAAGAAUUGGAGAAAUUUCAGCAAUAUUUACAGCCUACCUAUCAAUUAAUCGUCAUGUGCAGGACAAAGGCUUUCUUUGUUAUUUUCAAAGGACCACCUGCUGACAUUGAAAUCAAACUCAUCAAGUCUGACACCCAUUACGAUGGAUGUUCCUCUUUUUCCGCUUUUCAGAACAGGUCUUAUUGGUGCUCUCUCUGUGAAAAAGGUUUUAAUGUGGACGAUGCUAAACAUCACCCAUGUGAUGGGAGAAAUUGCGUAGCUUGUAGCAGAAAGGAUUGUCCAGACUACGACCGCACCAAUCCUAACCCGCCCAUCCUUUGCAAUUUUUGUCAUUGUCGCUUUUAUGGCAAUAAUUGUUUUGACUAUCAUCGUGAAAAAAAUCAAUGCCCAAAACACAGAACUUGCCCAAAGUGUCAUGCCGAAUAUAAUUUUAUAAAGGGCAAGCGACAUCGCUGUGGUUUUGCCCCUUGCCCAUCGUGUAAAGAAAUGGUCGAGAUCCACGCACACAAAUGCUUUAUCCAGCCGGUGGUGGAGCACCCAGAAGAAGAUGUUGGUGAUGAUAAUGGUAAGAAAAAAGCCCUCCCUCUACCCCUCCUUGUCUACGCUGACAUUGAGGCCAUGCAGUUACCGGACAGGCAGUUUGAGCCUAACAUGCUUUGUUAUCGCACCAAUGAAAGUGUCAAUAUUGUAACCCACAAAGGCAAAGACUGUGUAUGCACCUUCUUACACGAUUUGGAUGAUGCCGCAGAGAUUCCCGAUGACGAUCGUCAAAGAACCAUCAUUACAAUUUUUCAUAAUCUUAAAGGUUUUGAUGGGACCUUCAUCAUUGAUCAAAUGUAUAAACAGCAAAGAAGCAUUGAAAAUCAAUUGACCGUGGGCAGCAAAGUUUUAUGCUUUGAAAGUGGACCACUUAUUUUCAAAGAUUCACUGUGUUUUCUACCAAUGCCGUUGGCCAGUUUUCCAUCUGCUUUUAAUCUCACAGAACUAAAAAAAGGAUUUUUU